AUGUCGGAUACCGAACGCACUCUAUAUGAUACGGACGAAUCAUCGCCUCCUCAUCCUAGUACACAGACAAUCGCAAACUCGAAAAUCACCUAUGUACGGUUUAUUCUCGACCGGCCACUCAUAACCCCAGCCGUAUUGAGCCACCGGUAUGAGGGCUUGGGAACGCCCUCAAAUCCAUAUCUAGUCACUUGGAUCGAAGAUGAUCCUCGCAACGCGAGAGAAUGGUCUCAGGGGAGGAAAGUAUUGACGACCAUUAUUAUGGCAAUGCUCACACUAGCGGCCUCAUUUGUCUCGUCAACGUAUUCGGGGAGUAGAAGCGAAAUUAUCUCCGAUCUACAUGCCAGCGAGGAAGUGUUUGCCCUUGGGCUUUCACUUUACGUCUUGGGAUUCGCUCUCGGUCCGUUAUUCUGGGCACCAUUGGGCGAGUUGUACGGUCGCCAAAUUAUUUUCUUUAUAACCUACGGAGCAUUCACUGCCUUCAAUGCUGGUAGCGCCGGUGCUCAACAUAUAUAUUCUCUCGUCAUCCUACGAUUCUUUGCCGGAGCAUUUGCUGCUUCGGCUCUCACAAAUCCCGGAGGUGUCAUUGCAGAUAUGUUUGACGCUACUCAUCGAGGCUUGGCCAUGGCUUUAUUCGCAGCAGGGCCAUUCAUGGGGCCAAUCCUGGGGCCUAUCGUGGGCGGCUUCUUGGGUGAGGCGCACGGCUGGCGUUGGGUAUCUGGAUUGACGGCCAUUUUCUCGGGAGCGCUAUGGAUUAUAACUGCUGUCUUUGUGCCGGAGACAUUUGCACCGUUUCUUUUACGGAAACGAGCAGAACAGCUAUCUAAGUUGACCGGCCACUAUUAUCGCAGCAAACUUGAGGCUGGGAAAAGCGAAAAGUCCGCUUGGGGCGAACUUGCAGUAUCGUUGACUCGCCCAUGGGCGUUACUUUUCUAUGAACCCAUCGUACUACUAUUGUCUCUCUACAUGUCUAUUACCUAUGGAACUCUGUACAUGUUUUUCGGAGCUAUACCGAUCGUAUUUCAGCAACAACGUGGUUGGGGAGAAGGACAGGGAGGAUUGGCUUUCAUUGGAAUACUUGUUGGAGUGAUCUUGGCCGUCCUGUCGUCUAUUCUAUACCAGAGACGCUACAAAGGAAUGGUACAGAAAAACAGGGCUAGUGGUGGCACAGGAUCUCUCCCACCAGAAGCUCGCCUACCUAUGGGCAUGAUUGGGGCAAUAGUUCUACCCAUCGGUCUAAUUUGGUUUGCAUGGACAAACUAUCCGAGUAUUCAUUGGAUGGCUAGCAUCUCGGCGGGUGUGCCAUUCGGUUUUGGUAUGGUACUGGUCUUUACAUCCGUCAGUGCUUAUCUCGUGGAUACAUACAUGGCCUUCGCCGCCUCUGCGCUGGCAGCCAAUGUAGUUAUGCGCUCAACUUUUGCCGCCGCCUUUCCUUUAUUCACUGGGUAUAUGUAUGCAGGGUUGGGAAUUCACUGGGCUUCAAUGAUUCCAGCGUUCUUGACAUUGGCUUGCGCCCCGUUACCCUUCCUCUUCUACAAGUGGGGUGGCCGUAUACGGGCUCGAUGCAAGUAUGCAGCUGCUGCACAGGAUGUCCGAAAAGCAAUAGAGGAGAAAUAG